AGAUAGCACUGAUUGUUAUAAAUCCGUUCUUUGCGACCUGUAACCUUCCUAGAUCAGGACCCUCUUCCGGAAACUAUCCAUCAACUCUAUCUCAUCAAACAUCAUCUCUUAGAACCAGACGGGGCUAUAAUGAGUUCUACUGGAAUCAAAGUUUACAUCACGAGCGUGUCGGGCAGUCGCGAGGUGAAGAACAGAGUGGUUAAGAUCCAAAACACUCUGACCAGCAUGCGCAUAGACUACGAGGAAGUGGAUGUGGCCCUAGAUGCCAAGUACCUGGAGGACAUGCGGGCUAAGAUGAACGACCACAAAGCAGUGGUGCCCCAGUUCUUCAAGGACGACCAGUACUUAGGCGAUUACGAGGCCUUCCACAAUGCUCUAGAGGAUAGCAACCUGUUGGAAUUUUUCCAGCUGUCCAAGGACUAAAUGUCUCAAUCAUCAUUUGAUGUCAAUCUUGGGCUCCACGCAGAUUGUUCAAUUGCCCUCACGUGACUCAAGACUUAAUUUCUAUUUUAUACUUUCCGAAGAUUUCUAUUUAUACCCAAAGAAAAAUUGACCCUAGAAAUUUCAAAUAUUAAUGAUGAUAAUAUAAUUAAAAAUAAGUGAUGAGCAAUGAAAAGAUAACUAGAUCAUUUAAUCAAGGAUGUAAGCCUUUUUUGUCAUAAAUAAAUUUUGAGGUGAAUGAAUCUACGAAAAAUCAUAUAUAAGUAAUCGAGACAAAAAUUUUCACUGAUUCAUCACGUUGGGUUUAAUAAUAGCAAAUUCAAUUGCCAUCCCAAUAGCUCGAGCAAUUCAUUAUAUUUUCCCUUCUUAAAUAAUGCAAAAAAAAGAAUUGAAUGUCGCUGCUUAAAAUGGAUUUCAGAAAUAUUUAAGUCAGUUUAUUGGAAUCGCGCUUUUAAUAAUUGAACGAAAUAAAAUUUCUGAAUUUGA